GUUUUUAUAAAAUAAAAAUUAUUAAAAUAUUCUUAACAUGAAAUUAUUAAAAUAUAUUCUCCUUACGACAUUGAUAACUGUAGUUCAGUUGGAAGUUUCUCAAGCUCUACAAUGUCAUGUUUGUGAUAAUUGCGCCGACGAUGAGGAUUUACAGGAGCUGCACAUAUGUGAAGUAAUAAUACAGGAAAAUUCCACUACCAUAAGACCAGUAACGCUACCUGAAAUUCUAGAAACGAACACAACUGUGGCCCCUUCCAUUGCUAACACUACAGCUCGACCAAGUCAAAAUGUAGACUCUGAGGACAACUAUGAUGAUUAUAGUGAAGAAUAUGAUAGUAAGCCAUCAUCUAAUCAACAGUCAACAAGAAAUACAACAACACGACCACCAAUGCAAACAACAACAUCUGCUACAACUAUAUUAACGACUAUAAGAACAACAACAACACGUCCAAAUAGUGUAACAACAACAAGACUACCUUCAGCUGGUAACUCAGAUUAUGAUAAUUAUGAUUACGACGAUCAGGAUUAUGAUGGUGAUCGUCGCAGUGUUAAAAGAUGGUCUGUACUUAAGGCGAAAAUGGCGAGAUCGGAUGAUGAAUCUUGGUGCUAUAUCCUAAAAUAUAAAGUUAAUGAUACUUUAAUUACGAAGCGCGGCUGUACUCCUCUAGUGGAUGGCGAUAAAAGUAUGACAUGUAAUGCAGUACUUGGUGAUAGAAUAGCAACUCUGGAGGAUUGCAACAUUUGCAAUAUUAAUGGUUGUAACAAACAUAUAACCGAUGAGACCGAAAGUGAUAUAGAUACAAUUUGGAAUGCGGCAUCAAGCCAGGGCGAAAUAAAACUAUAUCUCAUCUCAACGCUCAUUAUUGCAUUAUGGGCAUUUAGUCGCUAAUAAAUAGGGCGUUUAAUUAAAUUUAUUCAACUGUUAAAAACAAUCUAAU